CAGCUCCUUGGUGUCGCCUGUGAUAGUGCAUCCGCUAAUUUGGCGAUGAUCAAGACGAUGGAGAAAGGUCUUCAGAAGUUCCGGGCGUCUUCCGGACAUGUCGCCUGCUUUGGGCACAUCGUCCAGCUCGUCGGCCGCGGCUUGCUCGAUCAGUUCGACCCAGAGAAGAAGAAGCCAGGUGAGGGUGAGGAUGCUGCCACAGAGGAGGACGAG